AUGGCUCAUGUGAGUGAUGGCAAGGUCAUGAUUAAGCAUUUGGCAGUGAAGAAGGAGAGAAAUAAGAGAUUGCUAAAAGUACAGAGGCCGUCUGGGCGGCGGGAGGGCCCCGCGGCGGGCCAGGCCGGGCGCUGCCACGGAGGAGAGCGGGCCAGGAGGCCCCUCCGGGUGUGGGGCCCCGGACCUGUGCUCGCCGGACAGCGAGGAGCCCGUGGGCGGUCGGGCGGAGGAGCGUGGCCCGGCGACGGAGCAGCCCGCACGGCCAGGCGUUGGCUGCAAAGUCCGCAGACAAUUUAUGAAAACCGAAUAUACAGCCUUAAAAUAGAAUGUGAACCUAAAUACCCAGAAGCAUCCCCCUUUGUAAGAUUUGUAACAAAAAUUAAUAUGAGUGGAGUUAAUAGUUCUAAUGGAGUGGUGGACCCAAGAGCCAUAUCAGUGCUAGCAAAGUGGCAGAAUUCAUAUAGCAUCAAAGUUGUUCUGCAAGAGCUGCGGUGCUUAAUGAUGUCUAAAGAAAAUAUGAAACUCCCCCAGCCUCCGGAAGGACAGUGUUACAGCAAUUAAUCAAAAGCAACGCCACCAGCCCUCCCCCCAUUCGAUUUAAGCAGUCUUCAUUCUCCACCGUAGUAAAUUUUCUAGAUGCGUCUUGUAGACCUCAAAGUACUGGAAAGGAAGCUCCCAUUCGAAGGCAAUUUAUCUUAAGAUACUGUAAAUGAUACUAAUUUCUUGUCCAUUUGAAAUAUAUAAGUCGUGCUAUAACAAAUCA